ACGAUGCAGGGGACGCGAGCACAGCAAAAUCUGAGCAAUUUCUUAAAAAUUAUAUUAAUCAUUACGAUGGCAACGUGCACCCUGCUGAUUUUAAUAUCUGACCGGCAACACUCUUGGUCCAUCGUGCAAAUACGCGAGGAAAUUUACCAAACCUUGACUAAUGAAGAAGCUGCUGCCAAUUCGACCAACAUAGAGGAAGGAGAAGCAAUUUUGAAUAUCGGUGAAUCCAAAAACUUGUCUCAAGAUGAUGUAUUAAAAAAGGUGCAUGACUGGGCGCCUAGCGUUCUCGCAGACCACGUGAACGACACGAACCGCAAAUUUAACGACACUUGCGCCCACUACGUCAACCCCUACGGCGUGAAAUACAACAAUAUCAUGUGGCAAGUGCAGAAAACGCCCCGCGAAACGUACCACCUCUUCAACGCCUACUUUGACAACCGCACCGCUAUAAUGGGCAAAGGUUCCUUCGUUCGAAUCCUCGCCGUCAUUGACAGACGCGAGCCAAGUAACAAAACCUUCUGCCAACUUUGGUUUGCAAACAAGCCCGAGCCAACGAUAUCAAAUGUGACGCGAACAGACUUUCUGUGGUACAAUGAAUGGGGAAACGAAAAAUCGCCCUACCAGCCGUACCUUUUCAGCUGUGCCGUGCCUGCUUCGUUAGGGAUGGUUCCGGAAUCCGUAUCUCUGGUUGCCAAUCCGUGCGACAACGCCACCAACAAUUUGAGAGUGAUCGACAACCGGGCACCAUUAGACAAAAAACUCAAUUUUGGAGUUUGCGUGAAGGCGAUGAACUUCAAAAACCAGCCCCUCGUUUCUGUUAAGCUGGUCGAGUGGAUUGAAAUGCACAAGAUACUCGGCGCUGAUAAAAUUAUCAUUUAUGAGCUUCAGGUGCAUCCGAAUACGACACGAGUUCUGGAUUACUACAAGGCGCAAGGCUUUGUUGAGGUCACGAAACUGGCCCUGCCAGGAAGUGCCCCGAACAUUCCUGACCUCAUGGAAAUGUACAUGAGUCACAGGACAUUUGGUAUUCAGUGCCCUCUCGAACUCAUCCAGUACACCGACUGCCUGCUGAAAAAUAUGAAUCUCUUUGAGUUCAUCGUUGUUGUCGACAUCGAUGAAGUUAUCCUUCCGCUUAAAGUCGAUAAUUGGUACGACCUCAUCUACAAAGUUACCAUUCCAAAGCACAAGAAGAAUAAAGAAGGCAUAGCGUCAUUCGUAGCAAGAAAUGUGCACUUUAUGGACGACACGGAUGAGUAUCAGGACUGGACUCAGGGAAUACCAAAAUACAUGCAUAUGCUGCAGAAUGUGCAUCGCAACGUGUCUCACACAAAGAAGGGCGAUGCGAUUAAGGUUUUACUAAUUUCUGAUCUAUAUAAUUAUUCCUUUCCAUCAAUUGAAAAUUUCGUUCUUAGUGUUUCCAUAACACAGAUUACGUUCUGGCACUGCACAACCACUUUGCCCGGCUUUGUCUCCGCGAUUAUUGCCCUUGCGUCGAUUUUGAUAUCGAGGAUACCCACAUGCAGCACUACUGUCUUGGCAGGAAGAAGAGUGAGUGCAAGUGGAAGCGAGGAAAGGACCUGGUGGUGGACACGUCUAUGUGGAGGUUCAAGGACAAACUCAUUCCAGCUACUCAAAAAGUCCUGCGCGCAAUUGGAUUUCUCUAAAUUGUUUGUUUUAUAGCAAAAUGUAAAUUUUUUAUACUUGAUGAAUAAGUAAAAAAUACUUUGGAAUAUAUUUUAAUUAUCAGUGUAACGGGUGUAAGAAGAUCGACUAUUUUUAUGGGCUUCUAAUUGUCAUGUGGUCAUCUAAUGAGCACUAAUCAUGCAAUUUCCAGCAAUUUAAAUCAAACUUAAAAGGGUUAAAAGCCAUCUCAGCUUGCCAAGACCACCUACAAAUAGUCAAAUGCAAUUUAAAUUUGCUAAAAUGCAUAAAAUAGCUAAACUCUUUGACUUUUUAACUAACCAAUCAAAGUCAAAGGAUUUCGGACGUCCAUGAGAGAAGGUCGGUGUCCGAGAGGAAGAAGUCAGUCUUUCGCGACCCCCUAGACUAAUUAGACAUCAUCUGUCUUCUCAGUCUGUCCAAGUGCAGUGAAAUAAAGUUCUAACUGUGACCAAAGACUCAGCAAUCAGGCCCUAUCAGCACCUGUGGAGAGAGUGAGUUCCGCGAUACAGGUUUUAUGUGUCCAAGCCAAGCCAAAUGGGCAGAGGUACUUUUCCUGUACCACACAGGAAAGGUACAUACAAAUUGAAGCAGGCAAUCAUUGUUUUCGACAAUAAGCAGCCACAAGAAAACUGCACCAAGAACAAGAGGUCACCAGCAGCACAGGUGAUCAGCAAAGCAAUACCAUUCAGGUCCAUAAAUGACCAGGUCAACAAGCUCAAGUGAAGUAACAAACUGAAAGACGCAAUAGUGAAAAGACUGGACAAGAAUCAAGAUUUGAGUGAAUAUUUGAAUUGAUGUCAUUUGUAAAAUCGUAUACACAAGUAUUGAGGUUUUCUGAAUUAAAUAAUACACGUUAAC